AUGGUCAAUACCUCUUCAUCAUUGGCUCCUGACGUAUCCUCCUCCGAAGCGAGCUCUUCUGUGUCUCACGACCAAGGCCCACCCCCGAAACGUGUCUGCCGCGAACCUCCAGGGAAGCGUUUCCCACCGAUUACCUGGCUGACACAGCACUGGCUGUCCAAGUCUGUUCCCUACGAGCGCAUCGCGACGGCGAGUCCCAGGUUGGGUGUCGGGGUGAUCGGGCAGAGCCUCCUAGACCACCAUAUCAACCUUUCCCCGAACGUCACUGGCGUCGCAGACUUCGCGCCUGUCCGUGACGGGGCCGGCCACCACCUCGGAUACAGGGUCAAGGUCGCGACGUGGCCGUUGUCAAAGAAGGAUGCGCUGAAGGUCAAGGACUUCAAUGCGUGA